AUGCUGUUAUUCAAAGCUGAUGACACACAAAAACACAAAUCAAGAGUUGACAAAGAUGGAGUUCGACAUACAGCACCAGAGCUGGACGACACUGGCGACUUUGUGCGGUGGCUUUGCUGUGGUAGCACAGACCGCAGUAUCGUUGGCUGCUUAGCUGAAGGAAGUGUACUCGCCAACAAACCACGCGGUUUUUCAAGCGGCUUUCAAGAGCUUAACGAGUCGACACCGAGAUUGUUGUCUGCUAAAUUUCACGUCGAAGACGCUGACGACGACGAAGCUACGUUCUCAAUUUAUGACCGAGGUGUCCACUCGAAUUACCGGGAGAAAGGAGAAGAUGGAGGUAUUCAUGUUCGCUGGAAAGGAUAUGAGUGUUGGGCCAACAAUCACGAGGUGCCAAGCAACCGCUGGGUCCAUCUCAAAGUCACGUUUGACUGUCGAUAA